AACUUGAUUAAUUUGUCUCAAUCUCUAAAAAAAAAACACUAAAUAAAUAAAUUUCUAUUUAUAUUCUAUUAAAUGGAAAAAACAACACUUUAUCGACAUAUUUAUUUUUAAACUUAAAAAUGACUCAUUAAAUUUAGUAACAAAAUAAUAUAAUAACUGUCCUAAAAGUAGUAAGCUGUCUUAUACAAAAUAGUAGAGAUAGAACAACUAACUAUAGUGAAUGAGACUGAGAAUGAAAAUUAUUAUUGAAUUCAUUGUUAGUUGUCUAUUUAUUCAAUUUCAACCUCAAAGUGUCUUACUUUAGAAAGUGUGUUGCAUUAGAGAACUCUCCUCAAUUUUGUGUAUUAUUUUUAUCAUCUAAAGUUUAAUCUCAAUAAAAGAUAAUGCCACUGGACACCCCAACAGUUCUUUCUAUUCAAAGUCAUGUUGUGCAUGGCUAUGUUGGCAAUAAGAGUGCCAUUUUCCCACUACAGGUUCUGGGUUUUGAAGUGGAUUCCAUAAAUACAGUGCAAUUCUCAACACAUACAGGCUAUAAACAUAUCAAGGGAAAUAUAUUAAAAAAUGAAGAGUUGGAAGAAUUAGUUGAAGGUUUGAUUUUAAAUGAGGUUGAUUAUUACACACAUUUCUUAACUGGAUACUCCAGAUCACCAGAUUCCUUGAGACAGAUUGCUGGCAUAAUUACAAAAUUAAAACAAAAAAAUCCAAAUCUUAUUUAUGUAUGUGACCCAGUUAUGGGAGAUAAUGGGAAAAUGUAUGUCCCAGAAGAAAUCCUGCCAGUGUACAGAGAUGUAGUUGUUCCACUAGCUGAUAUUCUUACUCCAAACCAAUUUGAAGCUGAACUAAUUACAGGAGUGAAGGUUACAAAUCUAGAUGACGCUUUGAAGGCCAUUAACCUACUUCAUCAGAAAGGAAUUAGUACUGUUGUGUUAUCCAGUACUGAUUUAGGGAGUGAUACCAGUAUGAUUGGAAUUGCUAGCACAAAAGACUCCUGCUAUAAAAUAGAAAUACCAAAGGUAGACGCGUCAUUCACAGGAACCGGUGAUUUAUUCGCGGCGCUCUUUCUGGCAUGGUCGUACAAAACUAAAAACAAUGUAAAAGAGACUCUGGAAAGAACUAUAGCGACACUUCAAAGCAUUGUACAAAACACUUAUGAAAAAGCGAGAGCUGUGCAUCCAACUGGGAAAAUUCCUCGAGCGCUAAUCGAACUGAGACUUGUACAGAAUAAAAGCUUCAUUGAAAACCCCACAAUAAAAAUUAAGGCAGUUGAAAUUAAGAAAAACUGAGUUACAUGUAAGCAUAAUUAAACUUUUAAUAAUUUAUAAAAAGAAAGACAAUAUUCAGAAGACAAUAAUGCCAAUCAUUAAUUCAAUUUAACAAGCACAGUAAAACAGUGCAGCUGUAGUGCUUGCACUGUAUUGCAAGUGUUCAUAUGCUAUGGUAACUGCUUACUAUCAAUCAAACCAUAUGCUUGUUUGCCACCUCAGUGGUAUAAAAAAAAACUGUCCAACAAACUUGCUGAACAAAUUCAGAAAAAAAUUGAAUAAAUUAUUUCCAAGGAUAAUCAGAACAAAUUUAUAGACAAUAUCAAAUUAAUAUCAAAGUUUUAAAUGGUUAUAGAUCAUCUGAGCUCUAAUUCCACUGUUUUAUUAUGAUAUUUUAUAAAUAUCAUAUUUACAACCUCUGCAUUGAUAUUACUAUUAAAAAUCACAUUGUGAUUAUUUAUUAUGGAUGUAGUACGGAUUUGAUACACAAAAUUUGAAAUAUUUUAAAUAUUGCAAUGCUCUUGAACCCAACCUAAAAUAUGAAAUUGCAGAAAAGUGUUUUAAUAAUUAGAUAAAGUAAUUGAAAAGCCAGUGAUUGAAAAAACAGAAUUCCAUAACAUGUAUACUAUGAUGUCAAAACUAUCUUCAAUCAUUUAUUAUAAUUUAUGUUAAAGCUUUUAAAAAUUAACAAGGUUUGCCUUAUUGUUUUACGUGUGUAAUUGUUAAUUACGUUAUACAUUAAUCUCUAAGAUCAACGAAGUACCUAAGUAAUAUAAAACAUUUUACUUUAUUAUUUGCAUAAUAAUCUUUAUUCAGAACUAUUAUUUAGUCUACACAAAUAAGAUAAAGGUGUAAGUACAUAGAUAAUGUCUGAAUACAAGGUGAAAUAGAAAAAUUGUUACAUUGUGAAAUCUAACAAUAGUAUUUAUGAAACUAAUAUUCCUCAAGGAAGAGAAUAAAUUGAAACAUUUUAUAUUAAAAAAGAAAACUUCAUGUUUGACGUCCCAUAUAAUAUGGGAAGCUAUUUCUAUAAAAAAAAAAUAACACUCAUCCUAAUCAUCCCCCUAAACAGCCUUGAUAAUCUCCAUAGCACAGUAGUAGGCACGUUGGUUUGCGUCAAUGAGGUUCCGUGUUCAGUUGCCGAUCCGAAUAUUCGGAGACACAACUUAGAACACCCACCGGUGUUCUAAGUUGUGUCUCCGAAUAUUCGUUACCUGGUUCCUCAUAACACAAGGUACCCAUGUUUGAGGAAGAGACCAUCGGUGUGAUUGUAAUGUAAAGCACUAAAAAAAAUCCUGUAGCAAACAAAUCUAUUAAGAUAGAGAUAAAGUAAGAUGGCGACGUCCAUCGCAUCUUGAGCGUUACGAGUUACAAUGUUUUCUGUCUCUUAUAAAAUUUAGUUACAAUAUAUUGCCAGUUAACUGUUGAAUCGAAGACGGUUUCUUUUUUUUUUUUAAUUUCGAUUCAAUGUUUAUCCAUAACUGUCGAAAUAAGUUUGGACAAUUGGCUAAAACAAUAUUGGAGAUUACAAUUUCCAAUUAGUUAGUGGGGGAAGGUGUUAUCAAUAAAUCUUAGUUUCCUAAUCAUUUAUGGUAUCUAUCUGUCUGUAAAAAUUAAAAGUAUGUUCAUUUUUAUGACUGGAUUUCAUAUUAUAAAGACUUUCCAUUACAUCUUCUAUUUAGAUUAAUUAAAACCUAAAUGUAUUUAUAAUUGUAUAAACAAUAAGUACUUAUUAUUACUAGUUAACGAUGUUUGUUGCUUGAAAAUUGUUGAUUUAAUAUUGUUCUUGUUAUUUUUAUCAUAUUUUAUAAUUAAUUUAUAAUUAUUAAAAAUUAAUUUUUACAGUGACAGUGGGGUCGAUUCUGAGACGCCGUUUCUCUGUAUCUAAUAUUUUAAUUUGAUAUUGUCACGAAAUACUUUUAUAGACCAUCAUAAAUUAAAUUUAUAAUAAUUUUGACUUUUUCAUGUUGGUUCUUAAAAUAAAGAUUUUGCUAUUAUAUCAAAUUGAAAUAUUAAUUUUAGAGGCAGAGAAAUAGCAUCACAGAACUGAUCUUAUAUACUUACUUACCGAUAUCUUAAUCUAUGGUUUAUAUUGUUAUAUUUUAACCCCUGACUUUGUGAAAGUGUGUUUUAAAUUUAAAGUAUAUAUAUAUAUAGUCCCAAACUUAUGAGAUGAUUUCAUCGCGAUCUUUUUGUAUUGGGUUUAUUUUAAGUUAUAUUCGAUAGAAGUAAAGAUAUUUUAAUUAUGCAUCGAAUUAUAGAUAGGUAUUUUAAUUGUUAAUGAAUUUUUCUUAUUUUAUAAAUUAUUCCCCUUAUUCAUAGAAACUAAAA